AUUGCACCAGAAAUAUUUAAAGGGGCUGCAUUUUCUAAAGAGGCUGAUAUUUAUAGUUUUGGUAUGAUUAUGUGGGAACUUACAACAGGAUGUAAACCUUUUGCUAAUGUUGAACAUGAUAUUCAUCUUAUUUAUAAAAUCCUUGAUGGAGAACGACCCAAAAUUACAGAAGAUACACCAAAAUGUUAUGCUAAUUUAAUGAAAAGUUGUUGGAAUCCUGAUCCAAAAAAAAGACCACCAAUAAAAGAAAUUUGUUUAACUAUUUAUAAUUGGUCUGAUAAAGGUAAAAACAAAGAAGAAUUUGUUCAAGCUGAAGCAAAAAGAGAAAAACUGAUAGAAUCAAAGAAGAUUGCAUUAAGUGCUUUAAUUUCUAAAUGUUUAUCUACAAAUUCAUCAUCAACAAUUUCAUUUGGUAAUAACCAAGGUAUUACUAUAAAAAAAUUAAUUUGUAAUUAAGUAUUUUAUAUACAGUAAUCUUUAAAAUACAUAUUAUUUUCAUUAGAUUAUGAUUAUAAUUAUAUUUCGAAAGAAAAUGAGCUUGAUAUA